AUGACUCGCAGCCAUCUGUUGUUGUACAGGGAGACAGGACCUUGUCGCCUGCGCGGAGUGACGAUACCUUUGGACCAUUUGGAGAUGAUUUACAAGACAUCACCCAAAGGAAUGACUCACCACCCGGCGGCGACUAACAGCAAGGCGACGCUCAACAAGGUCAAAUUUCAGGAGAAUGGCAACGAUAUCCAGAACUCCAACUUGACCGCCCAAUUCAUGAAGUGCGACAAGAAGCACUAG